AUGUGGGGUGUUGGUGUGGUUGGUUUGUUUGUUUUGGGGGUGAGGGGGAUUGAUUAUUUUGUGGGGGGGUGGGGUGGUGGUUGGGGGGGGGGUGGGUGGUGGGGGGGGGGGGUGUGUAGGGUGGGGGAGUGGGUGGGGUUUGUGUGGUGUGGGUUGUGGGGGUGUUGGGGGGGGGUGGGGUGGUGGGGGGGGGUGGGUGUGAGGUGUGUUGGGUUUAUUGGGUGGGUGUUGUGGGGGUGGGUUUUGGGGUGGAUUUUUGGGUUGAGGUGGGGUUUUGGGUGUGGGGUUUGUGGGUUUGUGGGUGGUGAGUGGGGUUGUUGGGGGUUUUUUGGUUGUGUGUAUGGUGGGUUGUGGGGGGUUGGUGGUUGUGGGGGGGGGUGUAUUUUGGUUGGUGGUUGGGGGGGUGGGUGGUUUGUGUUGUGUGGGAUUGGGUAUUGGGGUGGUGUUUUGGGGGUGGGUUUGUGUUUAGGUGGUGGGGGGGGGUUUGGGUUGUUGGGGGUUGUUUUGUGGGGGUUGAUGGGAGUGUUAGUAUUUGUUAGGAAGGGGGGUGGGGGUGUGGUGUGGUUGUUGUUUGGUGUUUGGGGGGGGGGUGUUUGGGUUUGGGUGUGUGGUUGGGUGUUUGGGGGGGGGGGGGGGGGUUUUGUGGGGUGUGGGGGGUGGGGUUGUUGUUGUAGAAUAAUAUAUAUUUUUUUUUUUGGGGGGGUGGGUUGGUUUGGGGGUGGUGUGGGGUUUGGUUGGUUUGUUGUGUGUUGGGGGGGAGUGUUGGGUUUGUUUGUGGUGGGGGGGGGUGGGUGUUUGUGGUUAUGGGGGGUGGAUUUGUGGGGUUGGUUUUGUUGGAUUUGGUUGUGGUGUGUAUGUGUGGGGGUGUGGGGGGUGUUGGGGGGGUGGGUUGGUGGGGGGGGGGUGGGGGGUUUGUGGGGGUUAAGGGGUUUGGUUGGUUGGGGUGGGUUGGGUGUGGGUGUGGUGGGGUUUGGUGGGGGGGGUGGGUGUGGGGGUGAUUGGGGGGGGGGGGGGGGGGGGUGGGUUGGUGGGGGUGUUGGGGGGGGUGGGGGGUGGGGGUGUUGUUGGGGUUGGUGUGGUUGGGGUUGGUGGGGGGGGGGGGGGGGGGUGUGUGGUGGGGGGUGGGGGGUGUGGGUGGUGGGGGUGGUGUUGGUGUUGGGGUGGUGGGGUGGUGGGGGGGGGGUGUGUGGUGGUUUGUGGUUUGUGUGGGUGUGGGGGUUGGUUUUAGGUUGGUGUGGUGGAAUUGAUUGUGGGUGUUGUGGUUUGGGGGGGGGGUUGGGUGGGGUGUAUUGGUGGGGGGGUUGUGUUGGGGUGGGGGGGUGGGGGGGGUGGGGGGGGGGGUUGGGGGGGGGGGGGGGGGUUUUUGGGGUUUGGGGGGGGGGGGGGUGGUGUGGGAGGGUGGGUUGUGUGUGUGUUUUGGGGGUGGGGUGGUUUUGGUUUGGUGGUUGGGUGGUUUGUGUUAUAUUUGGUGGGGGUUGGGGUUAUGGAGGGUUGGGUUUGGGGGGGUGGUGUUGUGUGGUUGGGUUUGUGGUGGGGUGGGGGGGGGUGGGGUGUGUUUGGGUUUGGUGGGGUUGGGGUGUGGUGGGUUGGGUGUUGGGGUUUGGGUGGUGGUGGGGGGGGGUUUGGGGGGGGGUGUGGUGUUGUGUGUUGUUGUUGUUGUGGGUAUGUGUUUGGGUUGGGGUUGUGGGGGUUGGGGGGGUGGGUGUGUGGUGGUGUGGGGGGGUGUGUGGGGUGUGGGUGGUGUGGUUGUUUUGGAUGGUUGUGGGGGGGGGGUUGGGGGUGGGGGGGGGUGGGUGGGGUUUUGGGUGGGUGGGGGGUGGGUUGUUUGGGUGUGUUUUGGUGUGGUUUGUGGGGUGGGGGUGGGGGGUGGGGUGGGGGGGGUGGGGGGGUGGUGGGGUGGGGGGGGUGGGGGGGGGUGUUGUUGGGGGUGUGUUUGGGGUAUUUUUGUUUGUGUUGUUAUGUUGGUAUGUUUUUUUGGGGUGGGGGGUGGUGGGGUGGGUUUGUUUUGUGGGUGGGUGUGGGGGGGUUUGUUUGGUUGUGUGUGGUUGGGGGGGGGGGUGGUGUGGGUGGUUGUUUGUGUGUGUAGGUGUUUGUUAUAUUGGUUUGUUGGUUUGUGGUGGGUGGGGGGUGGUUUGGGUGGUUGUUGGGGGUUGUGUUUUUGGUUAUUGGGUAUUGGGUAUGUUGUGUUGUGUUGGUGUUGGGGGGUGGGGGGGGGGGGGGGGUUGUGUUUGGUGGGUAGGGGUGGUUGGGGGGGUUUUGUGUGAGGGGUGUGUGGGGGGGGGGUGUGGGGGGGGGGGGUGGGAUGGGGUUUGGGGGUUGGGGGUGUGUGGGUUGGGGGGGGGUUGGGGGGUUUGGGGGGGGGUUGGGGUUUGGGGGGGGGUUGGGGUGUUUGGGGGUAGGGGGGUGGGUUUGGGGGGUUGGGGGGUUGGGGGUUGGGGGGUUGGGGGUUGGGGGUUGGGGGUUGGGGGGUUGGGGGGGGGGUUGGGUGUUGGGUGUGGGGGUUGGGGGGUUGGGGGGUUGGGGGGGGGUUUGUGGGUGGGGGUUGGGGUGGGGUUUGGGGUUUGUGGGGGUUGGUGGGUUGGUGUGGGUUGGGGGUUGGGGGGGUGGUGGGUUUGGGGGUUGGGUUGUUGUGGGGUUGGGGGGGGUUGGGGGUGUGUGUGGUGUGUGUGGGUUUGGGUUGUUUUUGGGUUUUGUUUGUUGGUUGUGUUGUGGGUGGUUGUGGGGUUGGGUGUGUGUGGUUGGGUUGUUGGGGUUGUGGGGGUGUUUUUGGGGUGGUUGUUUGUGGUGGGGUGGGUGUGUGUGUUUGGUGGGGGGGGGGGGGUUGUGGGUGGGUGUGGUGGGUGGGGUGGGUGGGGGGGGGUGUGGUGGUGUGUGGGUUGUUGUGGGGUGGGGGGGGUGGGUGUUUGGGUUGGUUGUUUGUGUGGUGGGGUUUGGUGGUGGGGUGUUGGUGGGGGUUUGGUGGGGUGGUUUGGUGGGUGGGGUUGUGGGUGGGUUUGGUGUGGGGGUUUGGUGUUGGGUUUGGUGGAGGUGUUGUGUGGGGUUGUGUGGGUUUGGUGGUGGGGUUUGGUGGGUGGUGUUUGGUGGUGGGGUUUGGGUGGGUUGGGGUUGGUGGUGGUUUUGGGUGGUUGGUGUGGGGUUUGGUGUGGGGUUGGUGGUGGGUUUGGUGGGUGGGGUUGGUGGUUUGUUGGGUGGGUUUGGUGGUGGGGGGGGGUGGGGGGUGGGGGGGGGGGGGGGGGGUGGUGGGGGGGGGUGGUGGGGUGGGGGUGGGGGGGUGGGGGUGUUUUGGGGGGUGUUGGGGUGGGGGGUGGGGGGGUGGUGGGGGUGUGGGGGUGGGGGUGUGUGUGGGGGGUGUGGGUUGGGUGGGGGGGGGGGUGUGGGGGGGGGUUGGGGUGUGUGUGGGGGGGUGUGGUUGGUGGUUGGGUUGUUUUUUGGGGUUUUUUUUUGGGGGGGGGGGUUGGUGGGUGGGGGUGGGGUGGUUGUGUGGGUUGGGGGGGGGUUUUGGGUUGUUUGGUUGUGGGGGUGGGUGGGGUGGUUGUGGGGGGGUUGGGUGGGGGUGUGUGGGGGGGGGGUUUGGUGGGUGUGGUGGGGUGUGGGGGUGGGGGGUUGUUUUGGGGGGGGGGGGUUUGGUGGGGGGGGUUUGGGGGGGGGUUUGGGUGGUGUUUGGGGGGGGUGGUUGGUGGUGUGGGGGGGGGGGGGGGGGGGUGUUUGGGGGUGGGGGGGUUGGGGGGUGGGGUUGGGGUUGGUGGGGGGGGGGGGGGUGGUGGUGGGGGGGGUGGGGGGGUUGGGGGGGGGGUUGUGGGUGGGGGGUGGUUGUGGUGGGGGUGUGGUGGGUGGGUGUGGGGGGUGGGGGUUUGGGUUUGUGUGGGUUGGGUUUUUGGGUGUGUGUGUGGGGUGUGGUUUUGUGUUGGGUGGGGGGGGGGGGGGGGGUUUGUUUUUGUUGGGGGUGGGGUUUGGGUGUUGGGGUGUGUGUGGUGUGUUUGGUUUGGGGUGUUUGUUUGGGGUGGGGGGGGGGGGGGGGGGGUGGUUUGGUGGGGGGGUGGGUUUUUGGGGGGGUUGGGUGGGUUGUUGGGUUGUGGUGGGGUGGGGGGGGGGGGGGGGGGUGGGGGUGGUGGUGGGGUGUGGGGUGGGGGGGGGGGGGGGUGGGGGGUGGGGGUGGGGGGGGUGGGGGUGUGGGGGGGUUUUGGGUGGGUGGUGUGGUGUGUUGUGGUGGGGGUGGGGGGUUGGGGGGUUGGGGGGGGUGGGGGGGGUGUUUGGGGGUGGGUGUUGGGGGGGUGUUGUUGUGGGGGGGGUGUGGGGGUGGGGGGGUUGGGGGUUGGGGGGUUGGGUGUGUUUUGGUUGGGUGGGGGGGGGGGGGUUGGGGGUUGGGGGGGGUUUGUUGGGGUGUGGUGUGGGUGUGUUUGGUGGGUGGGGGGGGGGUGGGGGUGGGUUGUGGUUGGGUUGGGUUGGGGAUGGUGGUGGGUUUGGGUUUUGGGUGAUAGUGUGGGGUGUGGGGUGUGGUUUGGGGGGGGGGGUGGGGGUGGGGGUGGGGUGUUGGGUGGUGGGUGUGGGGUUGGGGUGGGGGGGGGGGGGGUGGUGGUUGGUGUUGGUGGUUGUGGGGGGGGUGUUGGUGGGUGGGUGGGGGUUGGUGGGGGGGGGGUGUGGGGGGUGGGUGGUGGUUGUUGUUGGGUUUGGGGGUGGUGUGUGGGGGUUGGGGUGGUUUUUGUUGUGUGGGGGGUGUGGGUGGUGGGGGGGGUGGUUUGGUGUGUGUGGGUGGUGGUUUGGGGGGGGGGGGGGUUGUGGGGGGGUGGGUGGGGUGUGGGUUGGGGUGGGGGGUGUGUGUUUGGGGGGGGGGUGGGGGUGGGGGGGGGGGUGUGUGUGGUGGUGGUGUGUGGGGGGGGGGUGGGGGGGGGUUUGGUGGGGGGUGGUGUGGGUUUGUGUUGGGGGGGGGGGGGGGGGGUGGUUUUGUGGGUGGUUGUGUUUUUUUUUGGUGGGUGGUGUGGGGGGGUGGUGGGGUGUUGGGUUUGGGGUGUGUGGGGUGUGGGGGUGGUGUGGGGGGGUGUUGGUGGUGGUGGUGUGUUGUGGUUUGGGGGGGGGUGGGGGGGUUGGGUGUGGGGGGUUGGGGGGGGUGGGGGGGGGGGUUGUGGUUGUUGGGUGUGUUGGGGUGGGGGGGGUGUGGGUGGGGGUUGGGUUGGGUGGGGGUUGUUGGGUGGGGUGGGGGGGGGGUGUGUGUGGUGUUUGGGUUUGUUGAUUUGUUGUUUGGGGUGUGGGUGGUUUGGGGUGUUGUGUGGUGUGGGUGGUGGUUGGGGGGGGGGGGGGGGGGUUUGUGGGGGGGGUUGGGUUGUUUGUUGGGGUUGGGGGUGGUGUGGUUUGGGGGGGGGGGUGGGGGGUGGGGGGGGUUGGGGUUGGGUGUGGGUGUUGGUUGGGGGGGUGGUGUUUGGGUGGUGGGGUGGUGGGGGGUGGGGGGGUUGUGUGGUGGGGGAGGUGGUGGUGGGGGGGUGGUGGGUGGUGGGGGUUGUGUGGGUGUGGGUGGGGGGGUGUGUGGGGGGUUGGUGGGGGGGUGUUUUUGUGGGUGGGGGGGGGGGGGGGGGGGGGGGGGUGGGGGUUGUUUGGGGUGGGUUGUGUGUGGGGGUUUGUGGGGGGGGUGGUGGGGGGGGGGGGGGGGGGUGGGGGGUGGGGGUUGGGUGUGGGGGUGGUUGGGUGGUUUUUGUGGGUGGGGUGGUGGGGGGGGUGGGGUGGGGGGGUGUGGGGGGUGGUUUGUGUUGUUUUUUGUUUGUUUGGGGGGGGGGGGGGGGGGGGGGGUGGGGGGGGGGGGGGUGGUUUGUUGGGGGGGUGUGUGUGUGUGUGGGAGGGGGGUGUGGGGGGGGGUUGGUGGGGGGUGGGGGGGGGGGGGGUGGGGGGGUGGGUGUUGGGGGUUGUGUGUGUGUUGGUGGGGGGGUUGGGGGGGGGUGGGGGGUGUGUUUGGGGUGGGGGGUGUGGGGGUGGGGGUGGGGGUGGUGUUUGAUGGGUGGGGGGGGGGGUGGGGGGGGGGGGGGGGGGUUGGUGUUUGUUUGGGGGUGGGGGUGUGGGUUUUUGUUUUUGGUGGGUGGGGUUUUUUGUGUGGGGUGUGUUGGUGGUUUUGGGUUUGGGGUUUUUUUGUGUUGUGGGGGGUGGGUUUGGUGGGGGGGGUGGGUUUGUGGGGGGGGUGUUUGGGUGGGGGGGUUGGUGGGUGUGGGGGGUUGUUUUGGGGGGGUGGUUGGUUUUGUGGGUGUUGGGGUUUGGGUUUGGGUAGUGGGGUUGGUGGGGGGGGUGGGGUGGGGGGGGGUGGGUGGGGGUUGGUGGUGGUUGUUUUUGUGUUUGGGGUGUGGUGUUGUGUUUGGUGGGUGUGGUUUGUUUUUGUGGGGGUUGUGGGGUGGGGUUGUGGUUGGGGGUUGGUGGGGGGGGUGGGGGGGUUGGGGGGGUGGUGGGGGGUAUUGGGUUUGGGGGGGUUUUUGUGGUUGGGGUGGGUUGGGUGGGGUGGGUGGUGUGGGUGGGGGGGUGGGGGGGGGGGGUGUGGUGGUUGGUUGUUGGUUGUUGGGGGUGGGGGGGGUGUUUUGUUGUGUUGGUGGUGUGGUUGGGUUGUUGUUUGGGUGGAGGUUGUUGUUGGUUUUUGUUGUGGUAGGGGUUUGUUUUAGUGGGGUUGGGUUGGUUUUGUGGUUGGGGUUGGUUGUGUUGUUGGUGGUGUUUGGUUGUGUGGUGGUGUUAGUUUGGUUGGGGUGUUGUUGUUGUUGGGGGUGUUUGUGGUGUUGUGGUUGUUGGGGGGGGGGGGGGGGGUGGGUUUGGGGUGGGGGGUGGUGGUGGUGGGUGUUGAGGUGGGGGUGGUGGGGGUUGAGUGUGGGGGGGGGGUGGGGGGUGGGUGGGUUGGGUUGGUGUGGGGGGGGGUUGUUUGGUGUGGUUGGGUGGUUGGGGGGUAGUGGUGGGUGGGUGUGUGUUGUAGGUUGGUUGGUUGGUGUGGGGUUUUUUUGUGGUUGGUGGGGGGUGGUGUGGGGAGGGUUGGGAUGUGGGGAUGGGGGGUAUAUGGUUUUUGUGGGGGGUUUUGGUAUUGGGGUUGAGAGAGGAAGAGAGUGGGGAGAAGAGAGGGGAGAGAGAGAGGGAGAGAUAGAGGAAUUGGGUGGUUGGGGUUGUGUUUGUGGGUGUUGUUUUGUGGUGUGGUGUUGGGUUAUUGUUGGUGUUGUGUUUUGUGGGGUGGUUGGUUUUUGGUGGGGGGGGUGGGGGUGGGUUGGUGUGGGUGGUGGGGGUGGGUGGGGGUUGGUGGGGGGGUGUUGGGGGGUAGGGAUGGGUGGGGUUUGGGGGGUGGGGGAGGUGGUGUGUGGGGGGGUAGGGUGGUUGGUGGUGGGGGGUAGGGGGGGGGGGGGGGUUGGUAUUGGGUUUGUGGGUGUUUGUGGGUUGGGGGGGGGGGGGGGUGUGUGGGGGGGGGGGGGUGUGGGGGGGGGGGGGGGGGUGGUGUGGUUUUUUUGA